AUGGCAGCAAGAAGUGGUAAAGUUCAGAAGGUGAUGGUACAGCCUAUUAAUUUGAUUUUUCGAUAUUUGCAAAAUCGAUCACGCAUACAGAUAUGGCUGUAUGAGGAUAUCACUCAUAGGAUCGAAGGAUAUAUCAUUGGUUUUGACGAAUAUAUGAACGUUGUGCUUGAUGAAGCAGAAGAAGUGAAUAUGAAGACAAAAAAUCGCAAUAAAGUUGGUCGAAUCAUGUUAAAAGGUGAUAACAUUACAUUGAUCCAAAGUAUUGGUUGA